AUGAUAAAAGUAAAGUAUCCUGGUUCCCUUAAGAGAAUAUACGCGGAAAUUGCGUUAGAAAAACGCCAAAACGGAGAAAUUUGGGGUACGCUUGAGUGGGCUCAAUCGAUCUGCUGUGUGCUCAUGGGCUCGAUCGAUCUGCUGUGGGUUAAUGGGCUCGAUCGAUCUGUUGUGUGCUCAUGCGCUCGAUCGAUCUGCUGUGGGCUCAUGGGCUCGAUCGAUCUGCUGUGGGCUCCUGGGCUCGAUCGACCUGUGGGCUUGAUCGAUCUGUUCCUUGUGGGCCAAAACUCUCCCUGGAACGUCUUUAUCGUUGAACUUGAUGGGAAGUAUUCCGACCCCAACAAGAGACCAGAUAGCUCUAGAAGAGUUUUGGUCCCGAUUUCAUCUCCCAAUAUCAGCUCUACAUUAUCCAUGUCGGGUGUUGCAGUGGUUGGUCCAAAUAUAUAUGUCAUUGGUAGCGGAUCUAGGCAAGAUGCUUCGUCUAGCGUUAUGGUCAUGGACAGUCGUUCUCACACAUGGCUUGAGGCUCCAAGCAUGCGGGUGGCCCAUGUGCUCCCAUCGGUUUGCGCCCUUGAUGGGAAAAUAUGUGUAACCGGAGGCUGCGACAAUCUCGAUUCAAGGAACUGGAUGGAGAUUUUCGAUACGGAGACCCAAACUUGGGAGUUUUUACAGAUCCCUAGCGAAGAGAUAUUCAGCGGCUCUGAGUACAUGAGCGUAAAGUAUGAAGGAACACUCUAUGUGAGGUCUGUGUGA